AUGGCUACCAGCGCCAACGCGGCUCCGGCCCUCGACAGGCCUGUCAACGUCGAGGCCACGAGCGGCGACGACUCGGCCACCGAGAUGAACGUUGACGAAAAGGCUGACGGCACAGCCGGGCCCGGGCCGCCGCCGGAGGAUGAUUCCACAACAAAAAAGGACAACGCCAAGGCCGAGGCUACGGAGCAGCAAAUCGACUACAGCGCCACCGCCGGGCCGCGGCCACCCGGCCUCGACGACGAGGGCAUCGUCUUCUGGGACGGCGACGACGACCCUCACAACCCGUACAACUGGCCGAACUGGGUCAAGGUAUUCAACUGCGUCCUCAUCAGCGCGCUAACCUUUGUCACGCCGUUGGCGUCUUCCAUGUUCGCGCCGGGCGUGCCCAACCUCAUGCGCGAGUUCCACUCCUCCAGCGAGGAGCUCGCCGCCUUCUGCGUCUCCGUCUACAUCCUCGGCUUCGCCGCCGGACCGAUGCUCUUCGCCCCGUUAUCCGAGCUCUACGGCCGCACGCGCAUCUACCACGUCGCCAACAUUGGCUUCAUCGCGUUCCUCAUCGGCUGCGCCCUCGCGCCCUCCCUCAAAGCCCUCAUCGUCUUCCGCUUCCUCUCCGGCGUCUUCGGCUCCUGCCCCGUCACCAACGGCGGCGGCAGCAUCUCCGACAUGAUCACCCAGCGCAACCGCGGCGCCGCCAUGGCCGGCUUCUCCGUCGGCCCGCUCCUCGGCCCCAUCAUCGGCCCCGUCGUCGGCGGCGUCGUCGCCGACAAGCUGUCCUGGCGUUGGGUCUUUUGGGUCCUCGCCGCGCUCGCCGGCGCGCUCGCCCUGCUCUUCCUCCUCCUCGCCCGCGAGACCUACGCGCCCGUGCUCCUCCAGCGCAAGACCGACCGCCUCUGCAAGGAGACGGGCGAUUUGACGCUGAGGUCGAAGCUGGAUGCGGGGCUGGCGCCGGGGGAGCUGUUCACGCGCGCGAUCCUGCGCCCGUUUAAGCUGCUCGCGUUCUCGCCCAUCUGCGCCAUCUGCAACGUCUUCGUGGGCGUGGCGUACGGGUACCUGUACAUCAUGUUCACGAGCAUCACGCCGCUGUUCCAGAGGCAGUACGGCUUCGACGGCAUCCACGCGGGGCUCGCGUUCCUCGGCCUCGGCGUCGGCUCCAUGCUCGGCGUCGGCUACUUCUCCUCCGCUAGCGACCGCUACAUGAAGAAGAAGGCGAGGGAGGCCGGCGAGGCGGCGGCGGUGGACGAGGAGUUGGCGCGCCGGCCUAGCGUUAGUGCCAUGAAGCCGGAGCACCGCCUGCCGCCGCUGCGCAUCGGCGCCGUGCUGCUGCCGGUCGGCCUGUUCAUCUACGGCUGGACCGCGCAGUACAAGGUGCACUGGAUCGUGCCCAUCAUCGGCACCGCCAUCAUGGGCGUCGGGAACCUGAUUAUCUUCAUGGCUCUGCAGCUAUAUCUUGUCGAUACGUUCACCAUAUACGCCGCCUCCGCGCUUGCCGCCAACUCGGUUGUCCGCUCAUUGCUCGGUGCCGUCCUCCCGCUCGCCGGUGGCCCCAUGUACGCCAAGCUCGGUUUGGGCUGGGGCAACAGUCUGUUGGCGUUCAUCGCGGUAGCUUUGAUCCCUGUACCGUGGCUGUUUAUGCGGUACGGAGAGUUUCUGCGCAAAAAGUUUGCCAUUGAAAACCUCUAG